CACCGGAUAUACUGGUUAGGCAUUCCGAGCGGUUAGCGUUAGCUUUUCUUCUUAGCUUGUGUUACGAGAUGUGAGUAAUAAAUAACACUUUUUAGGCAUAUUAGCGUGAAAUAAAGCGUAUUCAUAACUCAAACAAAUAUGGGUACGAACAGAUAACUGAGUAAGCCAGAGGUAAAAGCGGUCCCCCCAAAAACAGCCUACACCGAUACCCGUCAUCUCAACAUUAGCUAGCUAGAUACCCACAAGGGUCUGUUGCCAUUGUUCAAACAUCACAGCCAUGACUCUCGCAGUGGACCGGGAGCAGAGGAAGACUGCGGGAAACCGCUUGUCAAAAUUGCUGGAUGCUGAAGAAGAGGAUGAUUUCUACAAGACCACGUAUGGAGGCUUCAACGAUGAAUCAGGAGAUGAUGAGUAUCAUGGAGAACAUUCAGACACAGAGGAUGAGGUGGACAGCGACUUUGACAUCGAUGAGGGCGAUGAGCCCGACAGCGACAAGGAGGAUGACGCACCUCGGAGGAAAAGUCGAGUUGUUACUAAAGCAUAUAAGGAACCAAUAAAGGUGGCAAAACCCAAACCAAAAAAACCCUUGGAGGAACAGAAGAAAACAGAGAAAGUGAAAGUUGAGCUCAAAAGGAGGAUCCCACCAGAGUUCCAAGACUUUGGUGAAACUGUGUAUCAUUCCUUAGCACGGAAGUCUGUGAGGCAGUCCACCAGUGAGCACACCCGAAAGACAAAUCUGCGCCUACAAGAGCGUCAGGAUGCCCCAAGGAGGCGGAGAGGUGCUCAUCGGGACCGGCCCCUUACCCAGGAAGAACUGCUGGCCGAGGCCAAAAUAACGGAAGAGAUCAACAUCCGAUCUUUAGAGAACUAUGAACGUCUGGAAGCAGACAAGAAGAAACAAGUCCACAAGAAGCGGCGAUUUGAAGGACCGACCAUCCGUUACCAUUCCGUCCUGAUGCCCCUCGUUUCUCAUUCGGUCCUAAAAGAAGAAAACGUGGAUGUUGAAGGGUUGGAUCAAGAUGUCCCUCAGACUGCAACACAAAAUCCCAGCACGCCAUCCCAGCAGGCUGCCGGGGGCCUGUGUUCCCGUACUUAUAUAACAUUCAGCACUGAUGAAGCUUUCGAGGCGACCUUCCAACACAGCAGCCAGUCGAGUCCUCCGCUGCCCAUCCAGGAGGUUUGUCCCGUUACCCACAAGGCCGCGCUGUACAGAGACCCGGUGACUGACAUACCUUACGCUAACACACGAGCCUUCCGCAUCAUCCGAGAAGCGUACCGUAAAUACGUGGCAGCUCAUGGAUUUCCAAACACUUCGGGUGGGGUGACGGGACUUGACUCCUCAGCAACAAAGAGCUCCCGCCAGAAAAUGGUUGUCAAGCAGAGUGCUAUGGCAACAUAGCUUCAUUCUGAAAUAAUUUACAAACAAAACAAUUAGUUUAGGCACAAUGACUCGAUUUAAUCACAUGGAGUGAAUCCCUGUUUUUACACAACGGUCUACAUAUAGUUUUAUUUCAUCCAUACAACUUAUGCUUGGCUCCAGUGUUUUUGCAUUCAGCUAUCAAUGUGAUUAUUACAUCAAAGUUGGUGAAACAAUAGGAGUCAAACACCAAUUUUCCAGUACUACUGUUGAGCAUGAAAUUACAAGAAGUAGAAGUUAUUGAAAAUCAAACAUUACCACAACCAAGCAGGUGGUUUCAAGCAGCUUUCUUUCAAACUACAAACAACCGUAUCUUAUUUUUUGUACAUUAUCACCCCGAUUGAAUACAAAUCUAGUAUGAAUAAAAACAUCCCUGAUUGCUUUAGAUGUUGGUCUCAUCUGCACGUUGGCAGAUUAUUGUUUUUUCUCUUAAACAAAAUGCCUUUUUUACUGUCAAUAUAUCUGGUCUCUACAAAUGUACAUAUUUCUCCACAAAAAUAAAUGUUUGAAACAUUUAAAAACUCAUAUUUACUGAAUCUACGAACUCUGGUUUAUAACGCAUCAAUCGCAGAAACAACGGAUACACUGAAAAGACUCUCUUAGCAUUCCUUUUUCAUUUUCAUUUAAUGUUGUUUCACCCUGUAGUAAUGAUCUACAGCUUGCUUCACCACCCUCCAUAAUCACAUUAAAACUAAUUCCAUCUCAAAUGUCCUUCACAAUCUGAAAUCCACCCUGAAUCUAACCACAGUGAGAAUUGUGUCAUUAUCAUGAUAUUAACCUUAGAAUAAAAACAUUUUGCUUUUGCUUUUUUAAGCUUUAAUUUACAAUUCAGACAAUUGCCAUUAGUGAAAUUAUUCAAAUUGGGCCCAGGAGUUUCAUUUACUGCGUGUAUCUGGCAGGUCAUUGUGAACAUUUUAAUUAAUCAAAGCUGUUAUUGCUCAUUGCCAAAUUUGAACAGACUCCAUUGUCUCAAUAUGAAAGAGUAUUGACAGAAAAUCUUCCACUUCUUCUUAAUGUUUACGUCUGAGUCACCCCCUCACUGUGUAGACAGAGGACAAGACAUCUGAUGAAUGAUAAAGCACAUGACAAUAUAAAAACAACAGAAUACAUUUUUUGAAGAAGUUUGAACCAGCCGUUGAGCUAUAAUCAAAAGCUGUUAUUUCUGGUCCUGGUAAAUAACAUAAUACAAAAUUCCAGUCUCAAGUACCCCCACAGACAAUACUGCUCUGUUGAUCCCUAGGACCUUGAAAUGGUGUUUUCUAUAUUUAUUCUCUCAGGGCAAAAUCACAGAGCAACAGAGUCGCGCUGUACAAAACCGAGUGCUUGACUAGCAUGGCACCUCUGACCCCUCACACAUCGAAAAACCUCUCUCCCCUGCACAGCGCCGUGUAGCUUUUGGCUAUCUCCACCAGUCUGUGUUACAUAAAGCCCACUGGGGAACAACAAUAUUGUAAACAUUUAGUCACCCUGGUUUCAAGGAAAAAUAUCAGCCUGACACAUCCAUAAUAGUGAAGUGCCUGUAAUGGCUUAACCAAAAACAAACAAAUCAAAUUACAAACAAAAAAAGAAGAAGAACCAGAUAGCGAAUCAGAGACACAUCCAUUGUCCAGGCCAAAAUAACGUUUUUACUUUGCCUUUUUCCUGUGUUUUCAAAAACAGUACACAACUCUCUUGCCCUGGUAAAAAAACAUAUUCUCUUCUGGUGUCAAAUCCCACCUACACCUUUCUCCAAUAAAUACCAAGAUCACCUGUCCCAUAUCACCAAGCUGCCUUCAAAAUAAAAGCAUAAACAUCUACUGUAAUUCAUUUAAGUACUGAAGCUGGACUUAAUCUCUACGAAACAGCAAUAAAACAAGUGUUUCACUAUUAAAUAAUACAGAUCAUGAAUAGAUCCCACACUGCCCUUGAAACUCUUUUUGAGUUUCAGGUAGAAAUCCAGCUGAGUCGUCCUUCGAAUCAGUUCAGCCCUCAGCAGAUGGUUCAGGCAGACAUUUCACUUCUGAAGGAGCGGUCCCAAAAUGCAGAUCUGAUGCCACUGCCAAGAGGAUCAUGUUGCACUCAAGCGGAUCUUCUCCUGCUGUUCCUGAAAAGUCUGGAUGAUGUUGUGCCGAGCAUUUUCGCUCUAUAAGCAUUCAGCCAUGUCUUUGUUCUGUGUUCUUAGCAACCAGGCUGUUUACAUUAAAAGGCUCAGGCUCCAUUUCAUGUUGUUUACCUGUCAGAUCUUUGACUAAAGGGAAAAAAGAACUGACCUCGGCUAAUGUUUUCGCUUCAAAUGAAUGGAUGGAUGAAUGACCAUUACAGUUACAUUUAUAGUUCACAUAUUUUUGAUUAAUAGUCUAUCACAAAAAUGUAAGUCACAACAAUUCUAAAGAUUUAAUUAAUCAUUUUCAUGCAAAAAUGACUCUUGUUCCCACUGCUUUCGGUUAUUAUCCUUCAAAUAAUUGAAUGUCUUUGUCUGCUGUUGAGAAAAACAAGCAAUUUGAUGAUAUUACAUUGCCUUCUUGGGAAUUUAGGCAUAUUCAUUUGUUCAGUUUUUAUACAGAAACAAUUGCUGGAAAAUAAUAUGAUAAUUUUUUGGUAAUUGGAUGACUCACUUCUUUUCUCCUUUCAACUCUUUAAUUUUAAGGAUUGGCUACUUUUCUUUGUUUCAUUUUAAAUUAACAUCUGUGUUUUUUGGACUGCUGGCUGUAUUAUAAAAAUAUAUUAGGUUGCAGUCAGAGUUGUCUCCCAUGAUGAAAUCCUGUCUCUGCUUAAGUUUUGUGUUGGAUGUUCUAAUGAACAACACAUUGUCAAUAA